UACUAAAUCCUUUGAAGUCUAUCAUAAGUCUAUUAACAGUUUAAUAUUUGUUUUUAAUUUCAAAUUUUAUACCGAUAGUAUUAUAACUUUUAGAAACAGUGCAUACAUAAACUGGAUAAAUUGUUUCUGUUUUAAGUGCAGUAAUAGCUAGUUAAUAGAAAGAUGAGGCUCCUGAGUAUCAUCUGCUGUAUUGCAGCUAUAAUUACAAAUUCGAUUGGAAUUCCUGUAAAUGAUGAUUCAUUUGUUACUGUUUCACCGAAACAAGAAUUUACAACGCCUUCAUUAGACACGUUUGUUACUCAAGACUUGAAACGAAAUCGACGUUGUUUAUUAAAAAUCAUGAGUUAUUUCAUUCAGACUAAUCCCAAAUCUACAUCCGAUAAUGAAAAUCGAAAACCAAACAUAUACAGCAUGAAAGUAUAUUCAGUUAUUAAUACACGAUAUGCAACAAAUGUGGUAUCAAGCCGUAUAGCAAAUCCAGCUAAUAAUUCACAAGAAGUCACAUUUUCAAUCGUAAUACCAGAAACAGCAUUUAUUUCUGAGUUUUUAAUGGAAUUGGAUGGUAAAGUCUUUAAAGCAUUCGUUAAAAAGAAGGAUGAAGCUAAACAAAUUUAUGAUCAAGCUGUAUCUAGUGGAAUUGGUGCAGCUCAUGUUUCAGUAAGUGCAAGAGACUCAAACCGAUUUACAGUAUCAGUAAAUGUUGAGCCACACAGUAAGGCAACAUUUAAUUUAACUUACGAAGAAUUAUUAACUCGUCGAUUAGGUGUUUAUAAUCUUGUAAUAAAUUUACAUCCUCGACAAUUGGUUCGUGAUAUGAGCGUUGAUGUGGAUAUUAUUGAAUCAGAACCAAUUACAAUUCUGAGAACACCUGUUUUACGUACCGGAAAUGAAAUUGAUCCAGAUGAAAAUACAGAAAAUAAUAAAUAUGCAACGAAAGAAUUUAAAAAUAAUGCAAAAACAAUGGCACACAUUCGAUUUUCUCCAACAAUAGAUCAACAAAAACAAUUAAUCAAUGAUUUGAAGAAUAAAAAUAAAGAAAAUCCUCCAACGGAUGACGUUAAUACUGGUGUUUCUGGACAAUUUGUGGUUCAGUAUGAUGUUUCAAGAGAUUUCAAAGGUGGUUCUAUGGUUGUUUAUGAUGGUUAUUUUGUUCACUUCUUUGCACCAAAUGGUUUAAAACCUUUAAACAAACAUGUUAUUUUUGUAUUGGAUGUUAGUUACUCAAUGAUAGGCUCCAAACUUCAACAAUUAAGACGUGCCAUGAAUUAUAUUUUAGAUGAUUUACACCCUGGUGAUUAUUUUAAUUUAAUUGCAUUUAACUAUAACGCACGUGUAUAUGACCUGAGUGACCCUAUAAUCAAGGUCCACGAUUGGUCUUUUAAAUGGUUUGAUCACACAGAAGAGGAAAUUAAAAUAGUUCCUGCGUAUGCUGUGAACGCAAACAAUAUUGCUAAAGCAAAAACAGUGAUUGAUAAUUUGGAAGCCUAUGGUGGGACAAACAUUAAUAUCGCAUUAAAAGUUGCAUUAAAAAUAGCACAAGCUGGUGUUGGUUCUCAUCAUGACGGUCCAAAUGCAGACCCUUUAAUUAUGUUUUUAACAGAUGGAGAUCCGACUGUUGGUGAAACAAGAACCAGCAAUAUUUUGAAAACAGUUAAUGGAUUAAAUAAAGGUUCACGAUACUCAUCAAUAUUUGCGCUUGCGUUUGGUAAUGAUGCUGAUCGAGGAUUUUUAAAACAAUUAGCAAUUCGUAAUUCAGGUUUUAUGCGACAUAUUUAUGAGGCACAUGAUGCAGAUAUACAAUUACAACAGUUCUAUAAACAAAUAUCAUCACCAAUUUUGAAAAACGUUUCAUUUGCGUAUCCAGAUAAUCAGGUGGAAAAUUUAACGAAUCAUAAUUGUCAUACAUUAUUCAAUGGAAGCGAAUUUAUUACUACUGGGAAAUUGAUCGAUAAAAAUAUAAUUCCACAACUAACUAUUUUUGUUCCACAUGAAACAAAUCACAGUCAAUUUAAAUCAAUCAAUAUUGUAAAUUCACCGACAUCAAAGCCGUCAUUGGAAAGACUUUGGGCAUUUUUAAAAAUUAAACAAUUACUAGAUAAAAAGGAUGCGUAUAUCGAUCCAGAUUUAGGUCCAACUUUGUUUGAAACUACAGAAAGUCCAAAUACUAAAUUAACAGAGAAAUCAAUUGAAAAGCAGGCAUUAGAAAUUGCUUUAAAAUAUUCAUUUGUGACUAAACUUACAUCAUUGGUAGUUGUAAAACCCAAUUCGACAUCAAAUUCAACAUCGGAAACUUUGCCGGUACCAAUACCAGUGAAUAAACCAUCAAUGGCUUUAGCAUUAAAUUCUCGAUCUCAAGUAUUUGGAUAUAGUCCUUCUACAUCUUCACGUAAUUUUGGUGGAUAUGUUUCCAAUUCUGGGUGGGCAAACACUAAGAGUGCAAUUAGAAUGGCAUUCACGACCGUACCUCGAACUCGCUCAUAUAUGAGAGCUCAAUUGAUUUCCCCUAGAAGGCAAGCAGAUGUGGUAUCCGCACAGGAUAAUAUCGAUCGAAAUGAUAACAUAUAUUCGACGACACCUUUUAGAUUUACAUCAACUAUACCGAUAUCAACAACAGUAAUACCAAUCACAGUAGCUCUAAAUCAUACACAGUUACUCAAAAAAUAUGGUUUAGAAAAUUUUGAUUGGCUGAAUAUAUCCGAUGGUUUUGUCGAAAUAAAUGGUGUUAUUUACAGUAUUACUGAUCUGCCUGAGAGUCGAGCGUCAUUUGGCAGAUGUAAUAAUGCAGAUGAUGGAAAAACUGGAGUAUGUGUUCCUGUUAAUAAGUGUCAAAAUUCAUGGACUACAUUAACUAAUGAAACUAAAUAUAAACAAUAUAAGUGCAAUGGCGUAUAUUUAGGAAAUAACUAUUUUACGAUGUGCUGUGAUAUCCAAUCAGUUCGUGGUUAGAGAAGAGUGAAUGAAGUAAAUUAAAAUUAAUAGAACCAAUUAAUUAAAGUCAAUGGUACUUAUUAUGGGAAAAUUCUAUUUGGAGCUGCACUUCGCCGCUGUUUGUGAUAAAUUUAAGAACUGUUUCGUAAAAUAUUUUUUAUUUUACUUUACUGAAAAUGUGAUAUUUCUCAUAUAUGUAGAUUUAAAAGAUAAAAAAAACAAUAAAAAUAAUUUGUUGGUAUUCUUAA